AUGUCACCCUCUCUCGAUUCUGACGAGGUUCAUCGUAAAUUGGCACUCACUGUUGCCUUCACUGCAGCCCUAAAGUCCAGAUCCGGCCCUUGCGACUUUCCCAGCUGUGCUUUGCACCCCCAGUCGUCAAACCCUCAAGCAAAAGCUUCAGCAGUAUCAACUACAUCGAUGGCUCCUCGAUUUCGCGGUAGCAAUCUGGUCAUAAAAGACUGCCCACCGGAGCAGUCUCACUUUGACCCUCCAACCCCAAAGCACAAAGCUCUUGCUCGUCGCCUGAAGAGCCGAAUUCCAACCUGGAGAUUGGUCCCCAAGCUACCCAAGCACAGGACAUUUGCGAAUUUUGGCUCGUUAGGAAACGGCGACAGCCAUGACAAAGCUGUGAAGAAACAUGGCCUGAGUCGUUCGAUUACUAUAGCCCAUUUCAGCAACCUUGCCAGGUUCAGAUGCCAUAAAGGCCCUCCAAGCGCACCGUCUGAUGAUACCAAGCUCGACAACUCGCCAACAAAGCUAUCACCAAGCCCUCGACAACAUGAUGAGGCCGACCCAUUCGCCGAGGAAAAUUUACUUGAUACAAGUCUAGAUGAUAUACUACUGCUUCUUCCCGAUGGUUCUUCUACCCCACGCCGUCGUGAUUCAGUUCAACGCCAUUCAGCUCUACCGCGUGGCCUGAAUCUCGGUAAAGUGACUGAGGCUCGCUCUUCAUUGUUCAAGUCAAACAUCAGCCCUGGUAUACCUAGCGGACCUCAACCUUAUGCUACUCACAACAUAUCGCCAACUGAAAUGUUGACGCCAGUUAUUCCUCAACGCACUUCAUCCAAAGUCACUGGAGAUACCAGCCCCCGAGUUUCCAGGAAGCAUAUCCAAUUCAAAAAGCACCCAUCGCCAAGCAAGACUACCUUGAAGUCUCUUAAGCUGUGCUGCCAGGACAAAAAGUUUCGCCCUCCGACAUCUUUCUCUUUUCGGAAGAGUUCAACAGUGCAAGAUAUAAGUGCCGGCAUUUACGGCCUAUACGAGGCGACCACUGUGUCGCAAAAAAGACGCUCGACGCCGUCCAGAAAGGCGAAGCUGAUUCACCUCAGAGGAAAACCUUCAAGAACAGCCGCUGCCUCAACUGCAGCCACAAGAGUAGCAGGUAGCCCAUCUGAGAAAGUAAAGAGUACCUCUGAAAGUACGUUUGCGGUCACGCCUCCUCAUGACAAAAUCACGGUUCCACCCCCUAGACAUUACAUGGACCCAGAUUUCAGUGAGACAACACGGUUGGGGAGGGCCCUGCGAGUCCGAUCUGUCAAUUUGGCGGACAGCUCCAGAUCGCCACCACCGCGGUAUACCAUACCACGACCAGACAUAUCUAUCCGAUCCCAGCGAACACCGAGUUCUUUCUCUUGCAACCUGCAGCCGGUUAUGCUUUUCGUCAACAAAGAAAAUUCGACCCCGGACUUCUCAGAAAAGAAAAAACAUCCAUCACCUACGAAAGAGGAGUGGGAAAUAAUUGGAGAUCAUUGGAAGCACGAGAUGGACAAGCUGGGUCUUCGUGUAUGUGGAUUUGCACCCGCACCUGCGCAGCUAGCCAGCAUCGAACACCCUGCCACCGUCAGCUAUCAGCACAAUAUUCGAUAA